CCGGCCUCGUCGGCCCAUAAAGCUCCUAGGGGGCGGCCGGGCCCAAAUUCCCCUCUCCUAGCCGCUCAGGAGGAUUUCCCCCUAGCUCUCGUCAUUCCCCCGUGUUCGCUUUCCUUCCUUUUCCGAAGUUGGGCCCUUAAAUCCAGGGCCGCGGAGUCUGCGGCCGCCGAGAAACUACUGUCCGGAUUCUAGUGUCCGGGCAGUAACCGGAAGCUCUGUCCCCAGGCCGAGGGGCGGUGCCGGCGGCUGCUUGGGAGAGGGAAGAAUUUAUUGUUGUGAAUAGUUCUGGACUAGCGACCUUUUACAGCCAGCCAAAAGAAAGACAGUCUGGAACCUUUUUUGUUGUGAAUGCUAUCUUACUUGAGAAACUAAAUUCUCAGGACCAGGAAGUGAACAUUUUCUUCCAUACAGAUUUCUUGGAUUGGAAAAACCAAGUGUAUAUGAUGCUGGAAACUUGUAGAGGUGAAGUGCUCAUGACUGAAAGGCCUGAAACAGAUGUAUCUUCCAAGUUUGGAUCAAGAAAAUGACUAUGAAGGCAAUGAUGGGUCAAGAAGGCCGGUGGAAAACUCCCUAGUUGAGAGCGAUAGAAAAUGUACAUUUCAGAAGAGAGAUGUAAUCAGAGAACUCAAAAAAGGAAAAUACAACAUGUAUGCCCUCAGAAGGGUAAAAAGAUUUUUAUUCAUGUGCAUGAGAUCCCUCAGUUAGAUGAUCAGAUAUACCAGUGCCUUGAACGUGAGCAAAACCUCUGUGAAAACUUAGCUCUUAUUAUGUGUGAGAGAACCCAUACUGGGGAGAAACCUUAUAGAUGUGAUAUGUGUGAGAAAACCUUCAUCCAAAGCUCAGAUCUUAUUUCACACCAGAGGAUCCACAAUUAUGAAAAACCUUAUAAGUGCAGCAAAUGUGAGAAGAGUUUUUGGCACCACUUAGCCCUUUCAGGACACCAGAGAACACAUGCAGGUAAAAAAUUCUAUACAUGUGACAUUUGUGACAAGAAUUUUGGUCAGAGCUCUGACCUGCUUGUCCACCAGCGAAGCCAUACAGGCGAGAAACCGUAUCUGUGUAGUGAGUGUGAUAAAUGCUUCAGUCGAAGUACAAACCUCAUAAGGCACCGAAGAACUCACACAGGUGAGAAACCCUUUAAGUGUCUGGAGUGUGAAAAAGCCUUUAGUGGUAAAUCAGAUCUUAUUAGCCACCAGAGAACUCAUACUGGUGAAAGGCCCUACAAAUGUAAUAAGUGUGAGAAAAGUUACCGACACCGUUCAGCCUUCAUUGUACAUAAAAGAGUUCAUACAGGAGAGAAGCCCUAUAAGUGUGGUGCCUGUGAGAAAUGCUUUGGCCAGAAAUCAGACCUUAUUGUGCACCAGAGAGUCCACACAGGUGAGAAGCCGUAUAAAUGCUUGGAAUGUAUGAGAAGUUUUACUCGGAGUGCUAACCUUAUUAGGCACCAGGCAACUCAUACUCAUACUUUUAAAUGCCUUGAAUAUGAGAAAAGUUUCAGCUGUAGCUCAGACCUUAUUGUGCAUCAGAGAAUUCAUAUGGAAGAGAAACCACAUCAGUGGUCUACGUGUGAGAGUGGCUUUCUCCUAGGUAUGGACUUUGUUGCCCAGCAGAAAAUGAGAACUCAAACAGAGGAGCUACAUUAUAAAUACAGCGUAUGUGAUAAAAGCUUCCACCAGAGCUCAGCCCUUCUUCAACAUCAGACAGUACAUAUUGGUGAAAAACCAUAUAUUUGUAAUGUGGGUGAGAAAGGUCUUGAGCUCAGCCCUCCCCAUGCAUCGGAAGCCUCACAGAUGUCUUGACCAGACAAGAGUUAUAAUACCAUGGAAAAAAAAUGUAUUUACAUGUUAGCGAACUCAUUAAGAUGAGGAAACUUAGGCAAAUCUCGGACUUUCCUUAGAGCUCAGACUUCAGUGGAGACCAGAGAGCCUGCGAUUGUAGGAAAUGUGAGAAAUGUUUUACCCAGAGAGCUACCUAACAAAAUUAUCACUCACUUCAGUGAGAAACUACAAAUACCCUGAGUUUGGGGAAACCUUUAGUCUAAGCUCAAGUUUGAUCAUUCACAAGAGGAUUCAUAUAGGUGGGAAACCUUAAGAUGCAGUGCGUGUGAGAGAGCUUUCUAGCAAUGCUCAACCCUCCUCAUUUCAAGAGAAUUCACACUGGAGAACAAGCAUUUUUAAAUGCCUUCAGUGUCAACAGUGCUUCUGACAGUAUGCACAUCUCAUUGGACAUCAGAAAACCCACCCUGGGGAGAAUCCCCAGCAAGUGUGAAAAAAGCUUCUAACAGAACUUUGACUUUCUUACCCAUCAGAGAAGUCAUACUGGUGAAAAAUUGUAUAUUUGUCUCUAGUGUGGCAAAAGCAUUAGUUGGAGAGCCUUACUUGGGUUUGCUCCC